AUGCCCUCAUCAAGAGUCCUGCUCAAUGCCAUGCGCAGCACCAACCUGUGUCAAGAGUGCGGUGACAAGAGAGAUGCUCGUGUCGACUUCCUCGAGUGGAAAACCUAUUCUGAGAUUAAUCUCGACGAAAGUCCAAUCAUCGUACUAGGAUAUGGUCACUUCUUCACGAUUGAGUCAGUGGAUGGAAUGGUUGGUCUGGAUGAAGUAUACACAAGAGACAAAAAUGGAAAAUUCGACGGCCUCCGAGAUGUUUCUGCUUCGCUUGCUAGUACGGUCCCCUCAAGCCCGGACUGCAAGCUGCCCAUCCGCCAGUUUGUGACGAAGCGAUACAACCGCGUCAUCAACCGUGCUGUUAUGGAUGAGACUUGCAAGCGGUUCCUUACCAAGGGUCACGCCGACCUUGAGCGUCUCCAAUCGCGUCUGAAUGACAUUGAAGCUAGACUCACUUCUACCAGAAGUGCACCAUCCAUCUUGAGAGAAUUUGGCACAUCAUCAAAGGCCACAACUCGAUAUGCGGAUUGUGACCGCCUUGAAAGAGAAGCUUUCACUCUCAACAAAACGAUGAAGGCUGAGCAUCAGCCGACGAAAAGGCUCAUGGAUGCUAUUACGAUCUACCAGAAGUUACCAAGGGACGAUAUAGUCUCUAUCUCAGCUCAGAUGAAUGCGAUGAAGAUAGCGACACGAGAGCCCGACAACCAGAUCACCCUCGGGGCGCGAUUUAUUGGGAUCAAGGCCCGAGAAAUCAAAUUAAGCGAUAUCUUGGAACUGAUGCAGUCAAGCGCAUUAUCUGGGAUAACGGCAUGA